CACGCACACACACACACACACUCACACACACUCACACACACGUAUGCACAGAGUGUGUGUCAUGCUUGCAGUGUGUGGGCUGAACCGACCAGCCUUCCACUCAUCCUGCCUCUCCCUCUCUCUCCUCAUCUCUCUUCAUCUCUCUCUCUCUCUCUCUUCUUCUUCCCUCUGUCUUUUCGUCUCCGGAUACACCUCCUCCUCCUCCUCCUCCUCCUCUUCUUCUUCUUCCUCUUCUUUUUUUUCCCAUCUUCCAUCAUCUCUUCCUCUCUCUCUCUCUCUCUCUCUCUCUCUCUCUCUCUCUCUCUCUCCCUCCAUCAGUCCUUCCUUUUCUUUUCAGUUUAUCAUCAUGGAGAACGAGUCGGUGAUCUUCUGGGAUGGGCAGGGCAGCUCCCAGAAUACAAUCUGAAACUCUGAGACCUCUCACUCUGCUGCAGGAAUACUACACAAUACCACCACAUAAACUACUUAACUGUUUACUGUAGAAGUACUUCAACCACUCCGGAUCCUGCUCAUUGUACAAGAGGAACUACAACAUCUACGGAAACUACUUCAUCUACUGCAGAAAGUUCUCCGACGUCAACCGCAGGAUUACAACAAUCCUCCAAAAAACUCCUCCGGAAUCCGUUCUGCUGAGAUCCCAACCAAUCGAAACCCAACCCAGAGAAACUAGAACCUGGCGCCUCAAGCUGGACCACAACCAGAAACCAGAAGCCAGAACCAGGCUAAAGCCAGUACCACACCAGUAAGCCAGUUAAACGAUCUAGACAGGACCAAACCAGGCCAAGACAGACCAGAAGAGACCAGUAGAAAACAGUAAAGGCCAUUGGAAAAGUUUGAUGGGACUGCUGACGAUAGCCACAUGCCUCUGAGUCCGGCUGCUGACACCAAACAUGAUCGCCCGCGACAACAGGCGGUUACUAACGGCAACCCGACAGGCUCUGCUGUUGCCAGGGACGACGACGCGGAUGACACGCCCCCUGGAAACAGCAUUGUCGUCCGCAUUGGCAUCCCGGACCUGCAGCAGACGAAGUGUUUGCGGUUGGACCCAGAGUUACCAGUUUGGACCAGUAAGCAGAGGGUUCUGGUGACGUUGACUCAGUCUCUGUCGGAUGUUUUGAACUAUGGUCUCUUCCAGCCGGCGUUCAACGGCCGAGCCGGAAAGUUUCUGGACGAGGAGCGCCUGCUGAAGGAGUAUCCUCUGCCCCCCAUCACACCCAUCCCCUACCUGGAGUUUCGUUAUAAGAGGAGAGUUUACACACAGAGCUACGUGGACGAUAAACAGCUGGCCAAGUUACACACCAAGGCCAACCUGAAGCGGUUCAUGGAGCACGUUCAUCAGAAGAACGUGGAGAAAGUUUCCAAAUGGCUGGAGAAAGGCCUGGACCCCAACUUCCACGACUCUGACAGUGGGGAGUGUCCUCUGACUCUGGCCGUGCAGUUGGAGGAGAGUUGCGAGCUGAUUAAAGUCCUUCGCAGCGGUGGAGCUCACCUGGACUUCAGGACCAGAGAUGGCAUCACAGCCCUGCACCGAGCCGUCCUCUGCAGGAACAGCGCUGCUCUGACUACCCUGCUGGACCUGGGCGCGUCUCCGGACUACAAGGACAGCAGAGGUCUCACUCCUCUCUAUCACUCUGCCAUGGUGGGUGGUGCCCCCUACUGCUGUGAGCUGCUGCUGCAGGACCACGCCAGCAUCGGGAUGACUGAUGAGAAUGGGUGGCAGGAAAUCCACCAGGCAUGUCGCUAUGGUAACGUGCAGCACUUGGAGCACCUGCUGUUCUAUGGCGCUGACAUGAGUUCCCAGAAUGCAUCGGGAAACACCGCACUGCACCUCUGUGCACUCUACAACCAGGACAGCUGUGCCAGAGUGCUGCUGUUCAGAGGAGCAAACAAGGACAUCAAGAACUACAACAACCAGACUGCCUUUCAGGUGGCGAUCAUUGCUGGGAACUUUGAACUUGCAGAAAUCAUUAAGAUCCACAAAACCUCUGAUGUUGUAGUUCCCUUCAGAGAAACUCCCUCCUAUACCAAACGACGCCGGGGCGGCGUGACCAGGCCGUCGGCUGGAAAUGGUCUUUCAUCUCCACGUUCUCUGAUUCGCUCAGCAAGUGACAAUGCUCUGGAAAGCCCCGCCUCCUCUCCUGGCCCCUCCCUCCAAAGCCUGGAGACACACCACGACACUCACACACACUCGCUACGACGACACACACGCCGACUCAGCCCGAGCGGUGGAGGUCAUGUGGAGACCAGUCCCCCGUCCUCCCCUCCCCUGACCCCACAGAUGAGGAAGAGGAGGCUGUAUAGUGCCGUACCGGGACGCACCUUCAUCGCCACCCGAUCCCACGUCCCCCAGGGGCCCGGCGAGAUCCAGCUGCACCGAGGCGAGAGAGUGAAAGUGCUGUCUAUAGGUGAGGGAGGAUUCUGGGAAGGAAGUGUUAAAGGAAGAACUGGUUGGUUUCCUGCUGAGUGUGUUGAAGAAGUCCAGAUGAGACAAUACGACCCCAGACUGGAGACGAGGGAGGACCGCACUAAAAGACUGUUCAGACAUUAUACUGUAGGAUCCUAUGACAACUACACCUCCUACAGUGACUACGUGAUCGAGGAGAAGACGGCCGUGCUGCAGAAGAGAGAGAGCGAGGGAUUCGGCUUCGUCCUCAGAGGAGCUAAAGCUGAGACGCCCAUCGAGGAGUUUGCCCCCACCCCGGCCUUUCCCGCUCUUCAGUACCUGGAGUCAGUGGACCAGGGGGGUGUGGCUUGGAGGGCGGGGCUACGGACUGGAGACUUUCUCAUAGAGGUGAAUGGCAGCGACGUGGUGAAGGUGGGUCACCGGCAGGUAGUCAGUCUGAUCCGACAGGGAGGAAGUCGCCUGCUGAUGAAAGUCGUGUCUGUUUCCAGAAAAUCUGAGUCCAACCUGAUCAGGAAGAAAGCUCCACCCCCUCCGAAACGAGCCCCCAGCACCUCGCUCACACUUCGAUCCAAGUCCAUGACCGCUGACCUGGAGGAGAUAGCCAGGAGGAGACGUUUUGAGAAACUGGACGAGAUGUUGGCCAGCGGCCAGCAGGAAGUCGUUCUGAGGGGCCGUCCGUCAGACGACUUCAGAGCGGCGACGGUCAAACAGCGACCGACGAGCCGACGAAUCACGCAGGCCGAGAUUAAUUCGCUGUUUGAGCGGCAGGGUCUGGUGCCUCCCUCCGCCCCAGAGAAGAGCACCAUGGCUUUACCCAGGGGAAUGUCAAGAACAAAGAGUUUUGGCACACCUGAGGACGACAGGAUCACCGCUCUGAUCAAUGAGAGUCGGUUUCCACGGAGCUCCUCGCUGACGGACAGCUUCAUCCCUCCUCCUCCUCAGACAGCCCCGCCUCCUCCUCCCUCCGCCGCCUCCUCCACCUCCUCGCUCUUCCUCCUCGACUCCGGCCCGCCUCCCUCCUUCCUGCCCCCUCCACCCCCAGCCCGAGGGGAGGGGCUGACCCGCUCCAGCUUCAAGCCGGGAGCAGAGCCGCGGCUGCAGGAGCUCUCCGAUUCGCCGACGAGGAGCCACGCCCACGCCGAGCGGCAGAGGAAGGCGAGGUCGAUGAUCAUCCUGCAGGACACGCCGCCGCCGCUGCAGCCUGACGCGCAUGCCGCCGCUGCAACGCACACGCUGCACACUGCCACACACACUGCCACACACACGCUUCACACCGCCACGCAUACCUCCACACUGUCUCUCCACAGCACCAGCCCCGCCCUUGGCCACUCACCACUGUCACGCCGUCGGGGUCGACCAAUAGAAAACCCUUAUGCUAAUGUGGGACAGCAAGCACCACCCACCAAACCACAGAGGAGGAAGUCACCUUUGUUGAAACAGCUUCCUGUAGAGGAGCAGGGACUUGGAAUCAAAGAUCAUGAUCCAUCCAAAUUAGACGGAGGCGGGCCUGGCAGCCCCAGCAGGGCGGAGUUGUACCAGCAGCAGGUUCUUUCAGAGCGCGCUCGGGUUCAGGGGCGCAGGUCGUCUCUCUUCCUGUCUGUUGAGGGGGCGGGAUCAGAAAACCAGGUGCCGCCACUCCUGACACAGAGCCAUUCAAUGGAUGACCUCGGCGAGCUUCCUCCUCCAGCCCCGGUCCUAUCACCUUCACCGACACCUCACACCUUCCUCCACCCACUGACAGGGAAACCGCUGGACCCCUCCUCUCCACUCGCUCUGGCACUUGCUGCACGAGAACGAGCGCUCACCGCCCGAACACCAAGCCCCGAGCCUCGGACUAAACAUGCAUCAGCCUCCACUACGCCCAUACCCACCCCAGCCGCCAGCCCCGAGGGCAGACACAAGCGCACCCCUAUGGCCACCCCGCAGAGCAGCCCUGAGCCCCGAUCCAAGCGCACCACCCCACAGACGAGCCCAGAGCAGCGAAUCAAGCGCACUACUCCUCAAACCAGCCCUGAGCUGAGGCAUAAACGCAUAACCCCACCCCUGUUCCCUGAUGGACAGGUGGAGCGUCCAGAAACAGAGGGAGGAGUGACGUCACCUGCCGGCCCCUCACCUGAACGUUGGAGACCUUCCCCUUUGCCACCGCUGGCCAGUGAGAGUCACUCUGCUCUGAUUGACAGGCGCAGAAGUCUCACAGUGGGCAGCUCAGAAGAGGAGGGCGGGGCUUACACAGUGACACUCCCACCAGCAUUGUUGUCAUCCAGUGAUGAGGAAACUAGGGAGGAGCUGCGGAGGAUCGGUCUGGUGACUCCUCCUCCUGCCUUUGCCACUACUCCUGCUCCUCCUCCCCCAUCCUCCCUCACCCUAUUGCCACGACGAGGUGGGGAGGGAGGGGGAGUAGAGAGUGGUCCUGACUCCCUGGGUAGACGAGGAGAGGAGGAUGAAGGAGGUGAUGAACGGCUCCAUGACAGCUCCUCCUCUCCCAGCUCACUCCCUCCCUCCAUCACUUUGGCCUCUCCUCCUGCUCCAUCCUCCCCCUCCUCCCCACCUGCUGCUCACCCAUCUCCUUCAUCCGCCGCCACUUCCCCAUCAGGCCUAAAGCCUCGCCUUCGUUCGCCAAUUGGCCGGGGCCGCUCGGCGCUUCGAGACCCGCUGCUGAAGCAAUCUUCAGACAGUGAACUCCUCCCCUCUGCUGCAUCCUCCUCCUCGCCCUCCUCGCCACUGUGUUCAUCUCCCACAGGUGGCGGCAGCCGGCAGCCACGCUACCUAUUUCAGAGGAGGUCCAAGCUGUGGGGUGGUGGGGACGACCGCGGGGACGAACGCCGGGGCCUGAGCCCGGAGGAAGGAGGCGGCCGUCCGGCAGCGUUGGGAGGUCAGGGGUCAGGGUCAGCUAUGGAUCUGAGCAGCCGGUCGGCUUCAGCCCUGGAGCUGAGCGGCAGGGCAGGGUCUGGACUGGAUCUGGCUAAUCGGCUACAGCUGCUCAACAAAGACAGUCACUCUCUGGGGGAGGAGCCAAGCCCCCUCGACCCGGGCCGGAGGUCACCAGUAGGAGGUGCCAGGUUGUUCUCCAGCCUCGGUGAACUUCACACCAUCUCCCAGCGAGGAUAUGGCGCCAGCUAUACAGUCCGUCCAGGAAGUCGCUACCCGGUUACCCGCCGGAGCCCCUCCCCCUCUCCCUCCCCCUCUGAUAGGUCAAUAGGGCUCACCUCCUCCCCCGCGCCCUGCUCUGAAAGGCCAGAUCUGAGCUCGGGUCGCGGUCUGACCAUCCUGAAGUCGUCCAGUCUCAGUCUCCCCUCCGAACCAAAGGAGGUUCGGUUUGUGAUGCGAAGCGCAAGCGCACGAACCAGGUCCCGUUCCCCUUCACCUUCACCUCACGCCUCACCUUGUCCCUCCCCAGUCCUCAGUGGCCCCCUGUUGGCCCUUCGGCCAUGGAGGCAGCGGCCCCUCAACCUGUGGAAUAAAUAUGACGUGGGUGACUGGCUGGAAAGCGUGGGCCUGGCCGAACACCGCCAGCGCUUCCAGGAGCACGAGAUCGAAGGCUCCCAUCUCCCCGCCCUCACCAAGGAGGACUAUGUGGAGCUGGGUGUCACCAGACUGGGACACCGUAUCAACAUCGAGAGGGCACUCAGACAGCUGCUGGAUGGUUCCACUUGACCCCUCACCUCUGACCACUAACCUCUAGACAUCCUGAAUUGUGACCUCAUAACCCCUGACUUCUGGUCAGACACUAGGCCAUGUCUUUGACUAGGAUAUCUUUGCAGUGACUGAAUCUUUAGACCUUUUUACCAACGUGGAACCCAGCUCUCUGAGUGAUCUCAGUGGCAUUUUGUCUCAUCAGCUCUUUGAUCAACUCAGUGUUGUGAAGAGUGUUAGCACCACAGCUCUGUGUCCGGCGUUCAACUUUGGUUUGACGUCUGUUAACAUCUAGUGCCUACUAGUGCUACAUCUCAGGUUUCAUCAGAUCUGUGGACAAUAGAAUUUAUCAGCAGCACAACAGCUGACAGAUUCUUAUCAGUGAAAACUAGUCAAAUGAAUUCACAUAGAGACGACAACACUCUCCAUUAUGGCUACAAACAAUUGAUUUCUCAAUUAAUCAUUUGGUCCAGUGGUUCCCAAACUUUUCAUGUCAUCCAGAUAAUUUCAUUUUAAGACAUUUAAAAACAUUUAUAUUCAAUUUAUAUAUAUAUAUAUAUAUAUUAAAAUUUUUAAUAAAAUAGAUUUUUUUCACCAAAACUGUACUGUUUUCCAAUGAUUUGUCAGCCCACUCGCAAUACCUUCACUGCCCACCAGUGGGCCCCAACCCACAGGUUGGGAACCACCCAUUUCGUCUAUAAAAUGCCAGAAAACAAUUAUAAAUCUUCCUAUAGCUGACGUAGAAUCAAGUUGCUCGUUGUGUUCGAUCAACCGUCCACAACCCAAAGAUAUUAAUUUUUCUAUCAUAGAAAACACAGGAAGCAUAUUUUUGUCUAAAGCGAUAACAUAAACAUAGACUUUUAAGAAAUUAUUAAAAUUGCUGUUGAUUUAUUUUGUCGACCAACUAAUCAAUUAAUCCACUAAUUGUGUCAGCUCUAUUCUUCGUCUAAUUUAUGUCCAUCGUGAUGGAUCUGAGUGGCUGCGCCGUAACAGCUAACAUUUUACACCAGCUAGAGCUAGUGUUUCCAAAAAUUGAUGUAAUGUAGGACAACAGAUUUAUUUUUAUGUGUUUUCUCUGUAUUCUGAUCUGAUGUACGGAAAAUAUGAUCAAAUUUAUCAGAAAUUUCUCAGAAAAUUUCUCUGAAAAUUUCUCAUAAAAUUCCGAAAAUUUCUCAGAUAAUUCCAAAAUUUCUCUGAAAAUUUCUCUGAAAAUUUCUCUGAAAAUUUCUCUGAAAAUUUCUCUGAAAAUUUCUGACUUUGCAUUAGAAAUUCUCCUGAAGGUAGUUCACUGUAAUCCAUUAAUUUAUUGAUCGAUUGGUUUAAAAAUGUCAGAAAAUGUCUAGGUCCAAGGUGACGUCUUCAAAUGUUUUGUUCGAUUAAAAGUAUAAAACCUGAAAUAUAUUUAUUUUACAGAUAGCAAACUAGCAAGCAUUUACAUUUCAGAUCUCAACAGAAGCUGUAGCCAGGGAAUUUUAGCCAUUUUUGCUAUCAUAAAUUGAUUGAUUAAUUCAUUAAAAAUAAUUGGUGAAUAAUUUUCUGCCGAUUUACUAAUUGAUUAAUCUACUAAACGGUUCAGCUCUACCAUCCACACACAGUUUUGUUAACAUACGACAGACCAAGCGAUCUGGACACAGAGCUCUUCUGCCAGUUUGAGCGGGUGAAGACGCGUUGAUCAAAGAGCUGAUCUGACAAAUACAGCACAGACAUGAUGAGACGGGUUCUUUUCUUUGUGCCAUUCUGCUUCCCCAGACGAGAUUAGCUGGACUUCUGCUAGCGGAGCUGGAGGAUUAGCGAGCGUACUGGGAGUCUCUACCUUAACAACGGGAGAUUAAAGCUGAGGAUACGUCUCCGUUCCUUUUUCAGAAAGUUCUUGUGACUUAGCUUUUUUGUUUUUCCAAAUAUCACUCAUGAAGAAUUUGUGUUCAUUUUGAUUUCAUAUCUUAAUGCAGAUCAUUUAGAAUUUAUGAAUAACAAGUAAUAAUAAUGUGGUGGUGAUGACUUACAGAGUUUAUAAUAGUUUGGAAAAUGAUUUUGAGUUCCUUAUGAUUUGACAAUGAGUUGAAUUUCAAGGUCGUUUCGGUGAUGUUUUGGAAUUCAUGAUGAUUUGUCAAUGAGUGUGACUUUGUGCUGAUGUGCUGUGUGUUUCAGGGAGAGCUGCAGCAGAGCUCCAACUGUAAACCUCUCUGGUUUCUAACCUGCUUAUUGAGGGCUUUACUGUACAUGGUGCUAUCUGUUUAAAGCCAUCUGUACAGAAAAUACUCCUUCUCCUUCCCCUCCUACACUUCCCUCACACUGACACCUGAAGCUCUUCGGUUAACCCCCUUAACUCUAGUGUGUAAUUCUGAAUUAAAUCAAUCACUUACGGCUGUACCUGCCGUGACCCUCUUGCAGUAAAUGGUAACUCGUAAGAAACAGGCCAUAAAUGGAGUUUCCUCCCUGCCAUAUUGGGGAUUUCUUCCCUGCCAUAUGUGGAGUUUCCUCCGGACCAUAUAUAGAGUUUCCCAGAGGCCAUAAGUGGAGUUGCCCAAUUAGAGUUAACCAUGCAUUCAUUUUAGAGCUGCAACUAACGAUUAAUCCAAAGAUUUAUUUUCUUGAUUAAUCGUUUGGUCGAUAAAACAUCAAAAAACCAUCAUAAUAUUCUAGAGCAGAACAUUAAACGUCUUGUUUAGUCAACCCAACAGCCCCACAUUCUUCAAAAUUAACCACCGCGCACUGAAAUUAUUUGAUGGUUAAUUAGAUUCAGUUCAUUUUGAAGAUGUUGAUGUUCAUGUGACCAACUGGCACCUGAUCACUAAUACUGACUUUGCAUUGAGACUUCUGUUCUUCGCUCCCCAAAUUAUUCAAUUUACGAUCAUGUAAGACCAAGAAACUUUCACAUUUGAGAACCUCAAACCAUCUUAUAUUGAGUUUAACAAAAUUUCUCCACAUAAAAAGACGUGAUGUCACGUUUCUGAUGUGGGUAAUAAUUAAACACUUAUCACAGACUAUAAAUUGUGGGAGCAAUGCUACAUUUUGUCGUGAAUAUUGAUAAUAUAUUAUCAGAAAUUUAAUGCGACCAUUCCUCAAGACAUAUUUGCUUAUGAUCUCUCUUUCCUAGAACCCGUGGUGACCUCAUUGAAUUUCAGUCCAAAGCCCAAAAAUAUUAUAUUAAAGAAAAGGAAAAGCAGGAAAUUCUGACGUUUGAGAUCCUGAAACCAUCAAAUGUUUGCAUGAAAAAUGACAAUCGAUUAACUGAUUAUUAAUAUAGUUAAUCGACGAUCGGUUUAUCGACUAAUUGUUGCAGCUCUGAAGGGCACAGCUCUCAAAAACCCUCUUGUAGGUCAGACCAGAAGAGUGGGAUCCGUGAGUGCAGUAACUGAGGUAGGUCCAGAGCAUGUUUAGCCUAGCUUAGCACAAAGACUGGAAGCUGGGGGAAACUUAGCUUAGCUCUAUCAAAAUUGAAAAAAAUACACCUUCCAACAACAAAGUGGUCCGAUUUACACGUUGUAUCUUGUUAGCUAAGAAGCUAGUCACCAAUCCAGAGACAGAAACAAGCUCAGACCUUGGACCAUAAGGAAAACAUUAACUGCUGCUAAAAACCACAAUAUGUCAUUUUUUUAUUUUUACUGUCAUUCUAAACCUGCACAAAAAACAAGAUACAUCAAAUGAAUGAGACCUCUCUCAAGUGGCUGGAAGGUGAAUUUCUUUCACUUUUCUUCCUUAGAAUUAACAUAAGGGAGGAAAGUUGAACAUGUACCAUGAACUGUCGCUUUAAGUGAUUUUCUUUUUACUGCUUGCCAUCGCAUCGUUACAGCCUCUCCUCUUGAUUCCCUUGUAAAGCACAAUCAACAUUAUAGUGCCUGUUUCCACUACAAACAAAUCUACUGCGUGUAUCUUCUUUUUUUCCAACUGAAGAACCUGAACACGUGCCAAGCUACAAUCAUUAUUUCCCAAAGUUGUACAAGUUUACCACAAGGCCCUUUGUAUGGGAAAUGUAUUAUCAGAGGUAUAGAAUGUAUAGUCUGUGUACAGCACAUUACAGUAGACUAUAUCGUCUCUAUAAUAUAUAUUAUGUUAGAAUAAUGUAGCUAUAGUGUAAUAUAUAGAGUAUAAUAUUAAAUCAAAUUUAUACAGUAAUAUUUUGUUAGACUGUAGUCUAUGAAGUCUCUAUCCAAAUGUGAUAUUCAGAUUUUGUAAACAGCUACACAUCAGCUGUUAGCCUAAUGCUAACUUCACGCUAACAAUCUACUCUAAAGGAAGAUGACCAGUUCAGUUUCAAAACAUCAACACUGAGCUCGGAGAAGAUUCUGAGAUUAAGGGGGCGUGUCUUCAAGGAUCAACUUAACCCCUUCACAUAUUCAAAAAUCUACCAUGGCCCCUCCCCUUUCUGCUGACACUUCCACCCCUUUGCAUUUGUGACCAAACAUGGUUCCAAUGUCCCGUUUGCCCCUGUGGCCAACUGCGGUACUGUUGGGGACACCUCAAACUCCAGCCAUAGUCAAUUAUUACCUUUUGCAUUGUGAAUUUUUAAACAAUGAAAGUUUUGCAUUUCCCACUUUUUCACACGCAAAAGAAAAGCAGGAAAACAAAAAUCUUUUUUCGUUAACGUGCUCGAUGAAAGAAUAGGUGACAUCUUGUAGUCCAGUGGUCAGUCUGCGAUCCAGCUACUGUUCGUAACCAUAGUUAAAUAUGUAACUAUGGUUCUAUGAAUUCUGGAUGACCACUUGAGUCAGUCAUGAUAGGAGAAUGAGUUACAGCUCUGCACAGAGCUAAAAGAGAGGGAACACUGGACUGAGUUUCUGCGCUCGUUGCUCUGUGACUGCCGGAUGUAGAGAUAAGAAACUGUUUGCUAACAAGUUCAUCACAUCAACUUCAGUAUUAUAUUCACAGCUUGUUUCUACUGCCCCCAAGUGGCCAAAAGAGGUCUGACUACCCACAAACGUCACGUAUAAUUUACCAGCUCAAGAAAGUGAAUUUAUUAUUAAGUCACAGCCCAGUUAACUUACAGGUUUGAGGCCUUCUACACUGGACUGUCCACAUGAAAACCAGCAGGACAGUCCCUGUUGUGUAGCUGUUUACACUCACUGACACCACACCGAACAGAUAUAUACUGUAUAUCUGUAGUAUAUAUUAUAAUGGACUAGAGUCUACUGUACAGAGUCAUCUACAGAACGAGCUGUCGCUUUUUCUGCUGCGUAACAGUGAAAAUCAGGUUGGAUGUAGAUCAGUGAUGACGAGAUCAUGUGACCUCUUGACCUCUGACCUCAGGUCCCCGCUGAAAACCACUAACCUGGCAUGAGGUCAUUCACCCUAUCGCAGGAUUUCUCAGCCAAUCACAAACACAACCAGCAAACCUGCUGCAUAAAAUCUCAUCAGUAACCUGGUGAUGAAGUGAAGUCAGUGGUGUCCCUCCGCUGGGGAAAAAAGUAGUUCCUUCUCCAUUUUUUCCCUAAAGUUCUGCUUCCUGUUUGUCACCAAUCAAAGUGGCGUCAGCUGAUGAAGCUGAUAUUGACAGAUUUAAUAGAAAACACAGUCCCUGUUCCUGGUUUAGACUCAGAUCCGUGAGUCGCCUCGACCAUUUUUCAACUUCAGUCUAGUGAUUUAGAAAAACUCACUACUGAAUAUUUUUCUGCCGUCUUCCCUGGUCCUGAUCUAUUUUCUCCUGUUCCAACUUGAUUGUCCUGAUCAAUUUUACUCCCGCUGACAAAUCUGUGCCUCUUGUUUUCUAUGUGAUGUUGAAACACAAUCACACUGGCACAUCCAGGCUGCCGUACCAGGCCUACUCCCAUCUAUGCCACUGUAGUUAUUUUUAAUUCAAUUCUGUUUUAUUUGUGUCAGCGGGGAGAAAAGUAAAAUUCCUGUGUUUUAUCUCAUUGACAAAAACAUUUCCUGGUUAUAAAACUGUGGGUCAGGGAUUUAUUUUUAUUUUAUUUUAACAACUAAAACAUGACAGAUCUACAUUGCCAUUGGCCUUCAUGUGAAAAGUGGUCACACACACGUGGACUGUCAGCUGCAGAUGAUGACACUGUGAGCACAGACACGGAUUCAUCCGCUCUGUUUGCGUUGACACCAGCCUCACAUCUGCAGACAGAUGUUGGCCGGUUGGCUCCACUUCCACGGUGCCAGAGAUAAAAUCCCCUCAACAAACACAACCUGAGCUCAGAUUUAGUCUGCAGAGGCCUUUUCCACUCUGUCCCUCUGGUAGAGUCACACACACUGACUCUUGUUAUUCACUUCACUGUUUAUGAGACUGUCGUGACUCAUGCAUCUAAAAUAACCUUUGUGUGGAGGCUAUAAUAACUUGAUUUCCAAAAAGGCAGAGAUUUUUUUCAACAAGUUGCCACUGAAAACAUGAAACAUUUAGCUCAGACAUGUUUCAUGAGAAAAGACACAAAUACAAAUAUAGAUAUCGGAUCAUUCAAAUCAAAAUUGAUAAAUCUAUUUGUUAUCAAGCCCUAUUAACUUUUUUUGAAGAAUUCUUCUUAGGACUUUAGAGCUCCAUCUUUUCUUCUUCUCCUGUGUUUUAUUAAGAUUGUUGAUCCUUAAGAAGAUAUAUUUGUGGUUUUAAAAACCAAAAACCAUCUCAAUGUAGUUUUACAUCUCCUUUAGUAACAACAGGUCAGUGAGCCAAUCAGAAGAGAGGAGGUUCUGAGCCUCUUCUCUUCUGAUUGGCUCACUGAUCUGAUAAAAAAAAAUAUAUAUAGGAAAUUUCAGGUAAAAACACUCAGAGAAAACAAAUCCUGCAAGGUUUGGAUGGUGGGUCCAGGUGGGCGGGGCUUGGUGACUGCUUUGUUGUGACAUCACAAAGUUCCAGAAAUCCUGACGGCUGGUUUUAAGGCUCAGUUUCUGAAUACAGGCUGUGUGCAUUUCUCUGUGGACUGAGGCUUUGAUACUUUCACAGUAUUAAUAUAGAAGCUAGAGCUGAUCUAUAAUCACACUACACAUGGACACAGACCUUUAUAUGAGACUAUAUGGGACUUUUAAGUCCCUGAUAUAUCUUUAAUGUCCAAAUGUCUUAGUUUAACUUAAGCUAAAUGAAAGCUAGCUAACACAACAGAUGAAAAUAACGUUAUUACAAAUCCCAAGCAGCUGCUUCAUGUAAAGUUAAAUUCUCCCUUAACAAAAAAGAGAGAAAUCAGUUAUAGACCAAAAUCCUCCAACAUGGCGACCGGAGAGAACCAGAACAGUCGUGUAAAAACACUCAAACUUGCCGCCACAGUAGAUCUGACCAUGGUAACGCCUCAGCUUCCUGCUGAUUGGCUGAGAAUCCUGGCUUUCUAACCUGUGUGUGAAACCUUCCUCCUCCUGAUAUUCACAUGGUUAUAAUGGUUAAAUGGUUACCCUCCUCCUCUUCCUCCUCCUCCUCCUCCUCCUCCUCUCCGGCUUCCUCUUUUUACAGUAUGUUUGUAGUUUCUUCUGGAGUGAGUGGUGUGUGUGUACUUGUAGUUUUUUUUUCUUCCCUUUUCUAAAAAACUCAAAGAGCACACGAUGACAACUGAUGAGCUCUGCAACGCAACAGAUUGUAAUCUUUAUAAUAAACUGUCAUUUAGUACAAAGAUA